AUGCUUACAAUAAAGCUGCCUCAGAUCUUCAGGGUCCACCAAGUACCUCGUGUGAGUAAAUUAUCCUUCCAGUUUUUACGAAGUAGGGGCCAUCUCCCCCCAACCCAAUCCCACUACGCAUGGUUCUGUCCAGGAGGGUCUCUUAAAAUCAACACACCUUGGUGGCUAAUCAGUCAAGGAAACUGCACCAGGUGAAUUUCCGCCACAGGGUGGUCCUCUUUUUGAAGGCUGGCUGUUCCAAGUCACGCUUAAAAGAGCAUGAACUCUCUAAUCAUUUUCACGUUACAUGCGAAUGCAGCCUAACAAGUUGAAAGCCUCCUUGUUUGGAUCGUAUCUCUGCUCAUAGACUCUGGGAAUGGGAUGGAAGGUUGUUAUUGGCCGGGGGUGUUUUGUUAAAAUGUGAAAUAGGAAAGAUGUAAAAUGAGAGUCUUUGGGGCCAGUGGGGCCCAUUUGGAAUUUGGAGAGUGUGCCGUGGGCACCAGUCACAAAAUGGCUGCUCUGCGGGAGUGGCAUAACACAAAAUGGCUGCCGUGGGGCCGUAGCAUUAUGGCUGCUACAUCUGAAUGAGCAGAAAGAGAGGCAGGAGGACCACAACAUGGCGUGGCUGUGCCCUCCUGUCAGCAGAGAGAAAGACCCCUACAGCAGUCACUGCCACCUUCACUCUUAGAGACAAGCUCUUUGUCCCUCUCCUCUGUUCAGAACAGAAAGGAGGGAGGGCAUCCAUUCUUGCUGCCCAAGGAAAUGUGAGCAUAUAUAAGGGGACAUGUUCAAUGCAGGGGAGGCUGAGCAAACAGAAGCAGUUGUGGAUUUUUGAGGGGAUAUCUGCUGAAAUCUUUUGUGGGUGCCAAAAGGGGUCCUGGUGGUCACACUGGUGCCUGGGGGUGCUGCAUUGGUGACCCCUGAUGGAUUAACACAGGAACCUUUGACCUGCCAAAUGCUGCUGAACUACAACUCCCAUCACCCUCCACAUUGACCAUGCUUGCUAGGGCUGAUGGGAGUUGUAGUUCAGCAACAUCUGGAGGGCCAAAGGUUCCCUACCUCUGAACUAACAGAACUGAAGUUAAGGAGAGCCUGUUGCCACAGGUGGAGUUGUAGUGAUGGGACACUUCAACAAAGCUUUUGAUGCAGGCCUCACUUCUGCUAAAUUUCUGUCUUGGCAACUCAAAAGUGUCUCAUUGGGCAAAUCCUGUCCUGUAGAUCUUCUGGGAAGAUGGGAUCAUCUCUGGCUACCGUCACCCCAAAAGCUCUGCCUUGGAUUGCGUCCUCAGCUCUUUUCAGCUGAACAACGAAACCAUCAACAUUUGGACACAUUUUUUGCCAACGUGGUAAGUCUGCAGCGUCUUUCAGCUGCGUUCUGUGUAGCGUUACUUAUCUCCUUGGCUUCGGGGGAUCACAUAACUCCAUACCUUCCAACAUUUCUCCGAUGAAAAUAGGGACAUCCUAAGGAAAAGCAGGACAUUCUGGGAUUGAAUCAGAAACCAGGACAGCUUUUGUAAAUCCAGGACUGUCCCUGGAAAACAGGGAAGCUUGGAGGGUCUGUAAAUGACUUUGAAAAGCUGGUACCACAGGAUCAACUUCAUCAAUUUUGUUGAACCGAUUAAAUAGUUUCACUUGGAUUUUGAAUAAAGCAUGCAGUUUAAUUGUUCCCGUUUCAGAUUUCAUUGUGUUAUUACCUUCCUUACUGGGUUGUGCAAACUGCUAUUCUGAAUAAUGCUUUUUAGAUGAGGUCACUGGGAAUGUGUUUAUGGAACCAAGGAGACUGGGGGCUGAAAAAGUUUGGGAACCUCUGUCCCGUUGUCCUUCUCCUGGAUGCCUUUUGCCCCUUGCAGGUAUUUUCUGUGGCGCUUCCUGAUGCUCUCCUACAGCCUGGACUUCUGGCGCGACACAUACAGCUGGCCUUUCCUGGCCUACAUGGUGCUGGUGUGCCUCUACCCCUUCACCUCCAGCUGUGCCCACACGUUCAGCACCAUGUCCACCCAUGCCAGGCACAUCUGCUACUUCUUGGACUACGGAGCGCUCAGCCUCUACAGUUUGGGUGAGGCAGCCUUCAAGUCGCUGGUGGGAGGGAGUUCCAUAGGUUAACUGUGUGCUGCAUUUAGAAGGACUCCCUUUAAUCUGUCUUGAAUUUUCCAACAGAGGUUGCGCAAGUUUCUUCUCUGUUUAUUAUAGGCUGCGCUAUCACAUACGGAGCCUACGCAAUGCCUGACGUCUGGGUAGACGGCCCUUUGCACCACUGCUUUGUCCCCCUGGCGGCCCUGAAUUCCUUUAUCUGCACCAGCCUGUCUUGUUACUCCCGGUAAGUAAGGCCAGUGCUUUUAUUUUAUUUUUUUAAGGAAAAAGAAGGAGCCGUUCCUCACCAUGAAGUUUGUACUGUUAUUGCCACACUUUUAACAUUUGUGGGGGUGGGGGUGGGGAGAAGGUGCUGUUAUUGCAUAGCUUUGGGUGCCCCCAAAGAAAAAAAAGCACUGGGUAAGGCUUUUGUGCCGUGCCAAUGUCAGAGCUGAAAUGAAAACAGUGUAUCUUGCACAGAUGUGAAGUUGUGGCAUAUCAGAUUUCAAAAAAGGCUGCAUUUUGGAGCUCAGUUUAUUUUAAAGAUCUGGACAUUGCCAGCAAGGCAACCAUGGGCCAACUAUGGCUUCAGAUCCAGCGCUUUCUAUAAUUCGGAACCUUGUCAAAAAUCAAACAGGGAGUGAGACUAUGCAGUUGAUGUUUGCUAGCAAAUAUGAGUUAAAAAGCGGCACUCUUUCCCCAAAACCACUUCAGCUCAAACCAAGAACUUUGCUAAAUCAUCCUCACAGGAUGUCUGUAGAUUCACCUGCGACCAGAUCAUUAAGUCACCUUCUACCGCAAAUACUUUUGUAUGUAGAUUUAAAAACACAGAAGUUACCGGUUAUAUGACAGGAGGGAUUUGUGGGCAGGUGGGGGACGGGGAAGAGAACAAGGGGAAAUGUCCUGCCCUAUCGCCAACCGUAUACCUGGGAUGGGGGGGGGGUCCCUUUGCUGUUAAAAAAGCAAUAAAAGAAAGAAAGAAAGCAAAAUAAACAAACAAUAAAUCACCAGGCGAAACAAGCCUGGGGCAAGGGUCCUUCAUUAAGGUGGACAUUACAAGUCCCUGGCCUCAUAUCUGAGCUGCAGAAGUGCAACCCACCCACCCUGAUUUCAGGUGAGGUUGUAGUUCUGGGACUGAAAGUGCUGGGGUUAGGAUCCCUCCAGCGAGUCUGUGGCUGAGAGGGCCUUUUGGCUCACACAAUUGCAGGGGGUUGGACUAGAUGACCGUUGGGUUUCUUUCAAAUCUACAAUUCAAUGGCUCUAUGACCGCUGAAGUCCCAGAGCUUACUCCUGUGCAAGUGCACUGAGGUUUAUAGAAGACUCCUACUCACGUCUGCUCAGAAGUGAGCCCCAUUGAUUUCAAUGGGGUUUACUUCUAGGUUAAGUGGCAGCCUAAGUCGUCCUGGCCCAGAGUUUGCUGCGUGGCUGCCGGCCUCCAUUUUCUUAAUCAAUGCCUAUCUUCAGAAUGUAGAUUAAAAAUAACAACAAACAACAACAACAACAACAACAAACAACUACACCUCUCAAGGUGCCCCAGGUAGCAAACAGAUACACAAUUUAAAAAACAAAGCCAAAGCUUUCUAAAACAGAUCAAGAUGUUCUUAAAGCAAUUACAAUAUGAAACCAUUACAAGCAAUUACAUUUGAAAACAUCCUUCUGCCCGCUGAUCUUGAGGUUACUAGGAACAGUAUCUUUCAGCCACCAAGUGUCAAGGCAAACAGGAAUGUUUUCAAAUUCCUCUUGCAAGUUAUAUUUAUUUAUUUAUUUAUUCAUUCAUUGUUUCUGAAGGCAGUCCUGUUUUGAGAAGCUUUUAAUGUUAUUUAUUUAUUGAAAUAUACUCUGAGUUGAGAGUGGAUUUCAUGCUCUUUAUUCAGCUCAUAGUGGUGAGGAGGAAUGGAAGUUCCCCCACAAUAUCUGCUUUAUAUACAUUAUUUACACAAUGGGCUGCAUGUGAUUGGCUAAUUCCGGGAUUCUCCUGUAGGCUAAUUAGGUUGUGGGUUCACUUCUACCUGGAGCUGGAUUGGGUGGCUCCUGCGGACCAAUCAUACUGCUGCAUUGUUCUAGGACCAAUCAGACUGUUGCAUUCUGAAUCCUAUUGUUCUAGGACCAAUCAGGCUGUUGCAUUUUGGAUCCUAUUGUUCUAGGACAAAUCAGACUGCUGCAUUUUGGAUCCUAUUCAACUCAGUACAUAACAUUUAUUUAUUUAUUUAUUUAUUUAUUUAUUUAUUUACCUCCCGCCUUUUUCCCCACGGAGCUCAAGGUGGCUUUCAUGGUUCUCCCUCUCAUUUAAUCUCCACAACAACUACCCUGUGAGGUAGGCUAGGCUGAGAGUUAGGGACUGUCCCAAGAUCACUCAAUUAACUUUAUAGCGGAGUGGGGGAUUCGAACCCUAGUUUCCCAGAUCCUGGUCCAACACUCCAGCAACUACGCCACACUGAGUGAUGGAGACAGACACAUCGUGCUGGGAAGGACAUUCCGCACCUGGGGAACUCAGACGGGUAGCUGGGGGGGGGGCAGGCGGGCACAGUGGCUUGGGCGCCUGCAGGCUCCACACUGACCGAAACAGCAGCGUGGGACUUGCGUCCUGUGGAGGCUCCGCACAGCAUGCUCUGCCCUGGUUUGCCCCGCCCCAUGGGCAGCUUGCUCCACCCCCAUGGGCGGCUUGCCCUGCCCCCAGAUGCAGGGUGUGUGCGCCGCCCCGGGCGCCCGAGCAGCUAGCUACGUCGCUGGGGGAACUACCACUGAAAAGUCCCCCGUCACGAGGCCAGUGCCAACUGGGCAGCUGCCCUCUUACAAGGUUGUUGUAGAUGUAGUGCCAGGGGGCUGUUUAAAAGCCCAAUCUAGAUGCUCCGUUUCAAGCCAGAGAUUCAAAACUGAUAAUAAUAAUAAUUAUAAUAAUAAUAAUAAUAAUAAUAAUAAUUUAUACCCCGCCCAUCUGGCUGGGUUUCCCCAGCCACUCUGGGAGGCUUCCAACAAAAUAUUAAAAUACAGAGGUCUGUUAAACAUUAAAAGCUUCCCUAAACAGGGCUGCCUUCAGAUGUCUUCUAAAAGUCUGGUAGUUGUUCUUCUCUUCGACAUCAGGUGAGAGGGUGUUCCACAGGGUGGGUGCCACUACCGAGAAGGCCCUCUGCCUGGUUCCCUGCAACUUGGCUUUUCACAGUGAGAGAACCGCCAGAACUGCUACUCCACCCUACCCUGACUUUUUUCCUUCAUAGGCUGUUUUCACCACCUUUUAAUUGGAACUCCCCCCCCCCCCUUUGGUCUCCUGGUCUAGAUUCCUGGAACUGGAGUGUCCUUCUUUGUGCAAGAUCUUGAGGACUACAGCCUUCGCUUACCCUUUCCUCUUCGACAACAUUCCAUUGUUCUACAGGGUAGGAUGACGGUGGGGGCAAUGUAGCCACGGGGGGGGGGGCCCUCUGCUAGGAGAGGGUUGUCUAUGGCUGCUAAACACAAGGGCUAGGCUCUGCCCUCCCAGUCAGAGGCAACACUGCAUCUGAACAGCAGAUGCUGGAACCGCAGGAGGGGAGAGUGUGGUUCUUAUGCUCAGCUCCUGUUUGCUGGGUUCCCUGGUUGGCCAUUGUGAGAACAGGAUGCUGGACUAGAUGGGCCAUUGGCCUAAUCCUGCAGGGCUGUUCUUGCUUUCAUAUAUUUUUUCACUUUGGCCUCUAAGGACUGAAUGUGCAGUUUCCCCUACCUUUGCAAUUGCAUACCAAUAAUCCAGAUUAGUCCCAAUAGUUUUUGGGGUGAGCCUCCCCACACCCAAGUCUUGCUGUGCCAUGCAGAUGCAAAUUCUUGCCUUCAUUUCUUUCCUCUCCUCAUGGCGCCACAGGAAGCAGGUGGCUUCACCCUUCGGCAUGGAGUCGCUGUUCCUCCCCUCCAGGGCCACCCUUCCUGGCUGACUCAUGCCACUUCCUUCCCUUUCAGCUCUUGUUCUGCUUUGGCGAAGACUGCGCCUGGAAUGACUCCGUCCCUGGUUACUUCUACCACCUUCUUUUUGCAGCCCUCACCGGCUUCCUCUUCGCUUCCCACCUGCCGGAGCGCCUGGCCCCUGGGCGCUUCGAUUACAUUGGUAAGAGAAGGGGGGAUGGGGUGGGCCGGGGUGGAGAUAAUUGAAUCCCUGCAAUGGGGUUGCUCGGUCCCAGCUCCUGCCAACCUAGCAGUUCGAAAGCACACCAGUGCAAAUAGAUAAAUAGGUACCACUGCGGUGGGAAGGUAAACGCCAUUUCCGUGCGCUCUGGUUUUUGUCACGGUGUCUGGUUGUGCCUGAAGUUGUUUAGUGCUGCUGGCCACAUGACCCAGAAAGCUGUCUGUGGACAAACGCUGGCUCCCUCGGCCUGAAAGCGAGAUGAGCGCCGCAACCCCAUAGUCACCUUUGACUGGACUUAACUGGCCAGGGGUCCUUUACCUUUACCUUAAUCAAGUCCAAAGUCAGAAGCAGGAGAUGCUUCUGAAUACCACUUGCCAGAAACCACAGGAGGAGAGAGUGCUCUUGGGCUUGACUGAUAAAGGCAUCUGGUUGGCCACUGUGAGAACAGACUGGAUGGGCCAUUGGCUUUAUCCAGCCCCGGCUCUUCUUCUUCCUCCCCACGGAGGACCUUAAGGUCCACAAAUGACAACAUUUUGAAGGUCCCAGGUCGCAAAGUGGUUAGAUUGGUCUCAACUAGGGCCAGGGCCUUUUCAGUACUGGCCCCAAUUUGGUGGAACGCUCUGUCACAAGAGACUAGGACCCUGUGGGACUUGACAUCUUUCCACAGGCCCUGCAAGACAGAGCUGUUCCGCCUGGCCUUUGGUUUGGACUCAGUCUGACCCUUAUGUUUCUCUCCCCUUAUGGUCUUGAUUUACCGGCUUCUUUUAAAAUGAGGCUGCAUUUUAAAUUGCAUUUUAACCUGUAUUUUAUUUUUUUUCUUUUUCCCCUAUUAUGUUUUUACUGUGAUUUUAUUGGUGUUAGCUGCCCUGAGCCCGGCUCUGGCCGGGGAGAGCAGGGUAUAAAUAAAUUAUUAUUAUUAUUAUUAGUAGUAGUAGUAGUAGUAUUAGGUUACAACCAUUUUCUCUCUCUCGAGCUUCUCUUAUCGCCCCAUCUCUUCUCUCUCCCACCUCCCUUCCUCCCGCCACAGGACACAGCCACCAGCUCUUCCACAUCUGCGCUGUCGUGGGCACCCAUUUCCAACUGGAAUCUGUUUUAUGGGACUUGCAUUCACGCCGGGCCUGGCUGAGUGCUCACGCCCCGGCGGCCACCUUCACCCGGACUUUUGCCAUCCUUGGAGCUGCCCUACUGGGCAACCUCGCACUCGUGGCUGCCUUCACCAUGGUCCUGCUCCGGUCCUCCGGCACGACGCUGAUUCUGCAGAGCAACGUCCCCGAGGUGGAGCGGCCCAAGGAGCAGUGA